AUGUCACAAACGUCCUCAGCAAUGUCAUUAUGUUCUGAGAAGUUAACACUUUGGAUUCUUGUCAAAUGCAGUCCAAGACCUACACAAUUUCCUGUUGAAUGGAACACCUCACCACCAAACUUGGACAAUCUUGCAUGUAAACUUUGUAAAGAAGAAAAAACCUUUGAAAACAUCGAACCAAAAUUCCUUGAAUUCUUUAACCAUGAUGACAGAAUCAACCCUCUCCAAGCAGACACACUUGUCACAAUUUUGAACACAACUGCUGCAGGUCAUUUGGUUGUAUGUUACCCACUCUCUAGCUCUGAAGGAAAAUUUACACAACCAGAUCCAGAAAUUUCUGAUGAUAUAGUUAAUUCCUUUAUUAGUGAACUCAAGAGAAAGAAAAAGACCUUUAUUCACAUUAAUCAUAAUGAGAGCACCUGUGGAGAGUUUAUUUCUGCUUUUAUGACUGCAACUGUUGAACAUGCCCAGUUAAAAGAAAGUAAGCUUUGUCUCAAGAGUGAAGAGUGGCUUGAUGGAAGUCAUGGUUUUGGUCCUGUUGACUAUUCUGUACAUCUUGAGGAAUUUGUUUUAUUGGUCUGUGAAGCUAAAAAAGAGGAUUUUGAGAAAGAUAAGACAGAUAUGGAACCUGAACCUCAAUUUGAUGGUGAUGAUAUGUCAGAUGCAAAGAAAAUAACUAAUUAUAUUGCCUCUAUCCUGCAAAUGCAAGUUAGUGGUCUAGGUAGCAAUAAAAAAAAUUGUCUGGAAUCACAAGAAACAGCUAAAAGCACAGAAGGAAGUGGUUAA